GCUUCCGGCCAAGCACUACGUCCCCUUCGAGGCCGAGCUUGCCGUGCUCUUCUGCGUCGGUACGUACUUGAGCGUCUGCAGCCUGAUCUUCUGCUACCUCUCAGAGGGUGAGUGGUCCUUCAACGAUGGCAUCUACUUCUGCCUCGUGACCCUCACGACCGUCGGUUUUGGUGACCUGGUGCCCUGCGUUGCGCUGAGAUGCCGGGUUACUGGCAUGGUGUUCAUUUGGACGAAUGUUCUGCUAGUCAGCGCCCUCCAUGGCAUUGUCGGUGCCAGAGUCGAGCGUGAAAUCUCGCGCGUUGGCCGACGGCUGGGUCUGUCGCAACUGGCGGUCCAUCUUCUGGCCUUGAGCUUCUUCGUCGGAGUGCUAGCAGCGGGAUACAGCAACUACGAGGACAAGUCCUUACUGGACGGCAUCUACUUCUCUGCUUCGACUUUGAGCACGGUCGGAUAUGGGGCCAUCGCGCCGAGUCCUGGAACGUCGCGGCUGCUCAUGUGCCCGAUCCUGUUCGUCGGCGUGGUGUCCGUCGGCAACAUCGCAUCUUAUUUGGCAGAUGCUGCAAAGGCCAGACUCGAGGUCAAAGUGCACAUCACCU